GAUCUUCUCUUUUGGUCUUAUGUGACGCUCAAAGAUGGAGGCGGCCGAUGUUAACUUGACGCAACCUGUGCAGGAUGUUUCCAAGACCGACGGAUAUGACAAAAAAUGUAUUUUUUGCAAGAUUGUUAAUCAUGAAAUGGACACGGACCUUCUCCAUUGUGAUGAGGACAUCUCGUGUUUCAGAGACAUCAAGCCUGCAGCCCCGCACCAUUACCUGGUUGUCCCGACCCAGCAUGUGGGAAACUGCAAAUCGCUCCGCAAACAACACGUGCCCCUGGUAAAACAGAUGGUGGAGAUAGGGAAGGAAAUCCUGCGGAAAAAUAACGUGACUGAUCUUAGUGAUGUCAGAUUUGGCUUCCAUUGGCCCCCGUUCUGUUCAGUGGCACAUCUCCACCUUCACGUGCUGGCUCCCGCCAGCCAGAUGAGCUUCAUGUCGCGCUUGUUCUACAGACUCAAUUCGUACUGGUUCAUUACGGUGGAGCAACUGAUCGAGCUUCUCAACUCGAAAGAAGAAAGCAGCUGAAAAAUGUACCGUCCCACUUUGCGUCCAUAUCCGUGUUUAAAUCGAGACAACUGAUGAGACAUGAUGCAUCUUCUUUAUUUGUCCUCUCCCCAAAUAAGCCAAGGUGAAGUGAUACCAACUCAGGAUUUUCGACCAAUUCAUACACCCUUAAAACCGCCGACCCAGGUAGACCCAUCAUCCUUGAGUUGUUUUGCAAAAAGAAACUUCGAUCGUCACUUGAUCAUGACAUACAGGAUCAAACAAAUGACCAUGACUACCUCAGCUAUCAUUGGAAGCCAGAGUUGGGGCAUCAACUAUUUAGAAGGCAGGCGCCUUUUGUGUGGGAACAAGGAAGUCACUUCAGCUUAGGGUAUAAUAACGCUUACAAGCAAAUUGUCUUGUUCAUGUUCACUUGAGUACGUUCUCUGUCUGUGAGUUAGCGGUGUGGUGAUUAAUUGCAUUAUACGUUGCCCAACAUUAAGGAGUAAUCCGAACAAUUUUCCAGGGAACACCUAACUAUUUUAAAAAUAUGGAUUGAUUUUUUUUCCAGCAUGCUAUCGAAAAGACCAAGUCCGAAAAGAAACGUCAAUUUCAGCGGCGUAGCCUACUCAUGCAUGUUGAGCACUGCAUGUCAACGGAAUGAAAUUGGGAGGAAUUGUAAAAUGGAUGCACUUUAAGAGGCCUUGAUAUAUUCUGAAUAAACACUGGAUUCAACUGUA